CUUAGCAAUUUUGUCAACAAUAUGGCGGCUCGAUAUCGCAAACCAUGAAAGCUACACGAAAACUGCGAAAAACAUUGAGAUUAAGAGUUUCAAACAAUGACACACUUACAGCAGGAAUGUGAAAGAUAUUAACCUUCAAAUCACCAUGGAGGUAAGGCAAGAUACAGAGCUAACCAACCCCAGUAUGACGAGUAUUGUGGAGGAAGCUGAGCCAGAGGCUGCUAAGGAGGAAUACUACUCUGAACCCAGAGUAAGCCCUGUCGAAAUGGAGCUCUCAGAAAUCUCAGAUUCAACUGUUGGUAAAAAGAAAAUGGUUAACAUUCACCAGUUUUAUCCUCAACUAGAACAUACUUUUACAAAAUCCUCCACAAUAUUUGCAGAGGAACAAGACAAGCGAACAGAGGAAGCAAUGAAAGAAAUAGUGGAUGAGUCAACAUUUACCAAUUCAGACAAAGAACUUAGUAGUGCUUCACAGUUGUUGCAGCUGGAGGACACUUCUCUGGUUCAGAUGCCAAGCAAUUCCACAACAGAUGUAACUGAUCCGCAGGCAUCUAAAACUGAUGUGACUGAUGGUGCAAGUGGUGAUGCCGGGACCUCAAAAGAGGACGAUAACAAUUCUGCUGCAGAUAAAAAGCCAUUUCAGUCAACUAUGUUUUAUGGGCCUGCCACUGUGUUUAGUACGACAGUAAGUGAGGACAUGCUAGACAAGGCGAGGGCCAGGCGAUGGACCCGCAACAGUAUAUUCAAGACAGAGGACUGGGGGCCUGUACAGAAAUACUCCACAGGCAUGCAGGAUAUCAUAGAGAGGAAGGCAGCAGAGCAUUUUACAAAAGCAAUGUUGUUAAAGGCCAGUGGUGACCACCAGGGGUGUAUAAAUGCUGUAAACAAAGCCAUGGGACUGGUGCCAGACAUACCCAAAUACCACGUGGCACGGGCCGAGGCCUACAUUCAGUUGUGUGAUUUCAAGUCAGCCAUUUUGAACUACAAAAAGGCAUGUCUUCUUGAAGCAAACAAUGACGGAUAUUACUCACGGUUGUCAUUUCUUUAUUACUUCCAAGGACAGACAUUGUUUGACCAGAGACUUUAUCCUGAGGCUUUAGAAUGUUUUUCUAGUGCUGCUGAAAUGAACCCUGAUAAUGUAGGAUACCAUAUACGAAGCAUCACUUGUCUAGCUGCCCUCCAGAGACAUGGCGAGUGUCUGGCCCUGGUGAACAAACGACUAGAAACAGAGGUCAACAAUCCUGACCUAUACAUAAUGAGGGCCCGCUUACACGAGAUGUUUAGGAAUACAACCCUGUGUUACUAUGACAUAAAGGAUGCCCUAUCACUAGAUGAGGGCCAUGUAGAGGCCCAGAAGAUGAUGGCCCAUCUAGAACGCCGUGCCCAGGAGAACAAAGCCCAGGCAACACAGCUCAACCUGGCUGGCAAACACAGGGAGGCCCUUCAGAAGAUUUCCAUCGCCAUAGAAACCAACCCUAACAUGGCAGACUUCGAUGUCCUCAGAGGUACCCUCCACCGGAAACUGGGUGAUUUUAAUGCAGCUAUCGAUGAUUUCCUGCUCGCCCUGGACAAAUGUGACCACAACGAAGAGAGCCAAGUCUAUCUGGACUCUCAAAGACAACUGCUCCUUACUUACAAUGACUUCGCUGUCGAGUGCUUCACCAAAGGAUUCUACGAGGAAUCCAUUAUUCUCCUAAAUAAGGCCAUCAAGGGAGAGAAGCGAGAGAAGGGGCUCUAUAUUAACAGGGGAGAUUGUUUUUUCCGGCAGAAUGACUACAACUUCGCGUUACAGGACUACAACCAAGCAUUAGAGAUAGACCCAAAUGAUGCUGCCGUCCAGGCAAGGAUAUCGGUGAUCUUUAACGAGUAUGGAGUGACAGCUUACCAGGACAAAAACUACCCGGAGGCUGAUUCCAAGUUUACAGAAGCCCUAAAACACAACCCCAAAGUAGGACAAUACUAUAUCUCUCGGGCAAGGGCACGCUACAUGUUGGAGAGUAUGGUCGGGGCCAGACAGGACCUGUUGAUGGGAUUGCUGUUGGAUCCGUCCAAUGAGGAUGUGAUAUCUAUCCUGUCGCGCCUCUUUCCCGGUAAAUCAGUGGCGGACGUGAUCAACAGUCGUGCCGCUGACACUGCCAAACUUGCCCUCAAAGCCGUGUUGUUCCCACCUCAGAAAAGGUCGAUGGAGUCGAAGAGGAUGGCUGCCAUGGAGGUGACAUUCGAUGAAGGUAUGCCAAGUGGACAGCCACCACCUCCCUCUGCAGUGAGGACUGACUGGAGUCAGGCAGACUCUGAUGUAUCACAGCAAGACAAACCUGGCCCACCAGCCCUUCAGCGACUCAAGACAUGCAUGACUGAACAGGACUUUGCUCUUGUACUAAUGGAGGGAAAGAAACAGGUACAUAUAGUCAAAAGUCAGUUUCAGGCAUUUCCCUUAAAAUUUGAAAAGUCUUUAAAUAUGACUUCAGUUGUGCAAAGAUACCUGGGAUUUGGACCUUGUUUUUUUUCCAUUUU